AUGAAACUCAACAACGGGCACUCAGUCACCAGUGCCGUGCUUGCACGCUACCUCGCAUGGCUCCCUGAACAAGAUGAAUCGUCCAUAACGAAGCUUCUGAACCCAGAUGAUCCUCAGGACGUACCACGAGCCGUCGAACUGAUGCAAGCCAUCAUCUCCCUUUCCAAACUCAAAGUCGACACUAUCUCUGGUGACGUUGGCAUGUGUGCUGACAUGGCGGCAAUCAAAGCUCUAGGCGCCAUCUUAGAAUCUCUACUCCUCCCUUUUAUCGACAUCACGCUCUCGCUCCAAGAACAAGUCGCGCACCUCAGCCGCUAUGCUCACCUCACCUUCACGUUCUUCCGACUUCAUCAGUCAUCUUUCAUGCCACACGUCCUUUACUACGACUCGCAGACAAUGGUCAAGAACGCGUGUUUUUGCAUCGCCAAACAGCAAAAGCUUGACGGCUCACAAGGGUUUUGGCUCAUACAGUCCGGCGACGAUCGUCUUGAGAAGCUGUUCGGCAUCACGCGUAUGAAGGGGCAGCAUAAUUCUGCCAUGAACUACUCACAAGCACUCGAUCGAAUUGGCGCUGCCAAAGAUAUCAACACCGUCUUCAAGAGACACCCAGACCUUGAAUCUGGCUCCCGACGGCUCAAACUCACGUGUGUCGAAGGUCUUGACCACAUUCGGCGGGACUUAUGGGUUGGAGAUGUAGUUGCCUCCCACUGUGACCUACCGUCUGCUUGGAAACAUGGUCGUGAGAUGGCGUUGACUGUUCUCGCUGAUGCUCAUGUCCCUGCAGUAUGCUGCGCAUUUGAGAUCUUUUUUUCGGAGCCAGGCUGUGACCUGAUGCGCCCUUGGGGGGAAACAAAUAUUUAG